AUAAUUUAUUAUUUGAGCUUUAGUGUCUACUGAGAAAACUCGUUCUUUGUCGUGCGAUUUCUUGCCGCCGUCAGCGUCGGGAAUUUCCGCGGACGAGAAUGAACGUCGCGUCGCCAUUGGCCAAUUCGUGAAUCAGUUUGGCAUCGAUGCACCAAUCAACGUCUUCGUCCAUGAGAACUUCCACAUCCGGGAUCAUGCUGUGACGUUUUGUCGGUGCGCUUUCUUCGGAUUUGUCGGUGAUCUGCGGUGAUCUCUCGAAAACAGACUCGAGCAACACGUAAACUGACGUGUGACGUGAACAACGUCGAAUCGCAGAUGAUCCGGUCGAAGGUAAACCACAUUUCCUGGCGAGUGGCACGCGAUCGAUGAUUGAGAUCUUGCGGAUCGCAGAACUCUAUGGGCUCGACGAUCGCGUGUCGUACCUACUGACACUCGAUGUUGACGUCGAUGUUAACGUUGUAACGUGACAAAGGGAUCCUCCGGCGUCUCGCUAAAAGCGCUUUGUCGCGAUUUAUUUUUGCAUUCGGAAUCGCUAUAUUUUUGCGUGCAACCGCGACCUUAAAAUAGAUCGUCGCGGCGACGACAGCAGCGACGGCGGCGGCGGUGACGACGGCGUGUGAUGUAUUUUCCGCACGCUGACGAGCAGCGAGGUUUUAGGGUCCGAGUUUUUAGGUUACCACGUUCCUGGGUGGACUCGAUCGAGAAUUCUUACCCCAGAUUCUGCUCGAUCGACGAUCCAUUCCCGAGAACGAGGAUGGAAACCGAGUGCGAGGUACUCGACGAGCCACUGCAGGUGCUGCUCAAACGGAUUUAUUAUUUGGCGAGAGACGGAAUGGCGAUCGCUCUUUAUUCCCUGUUGUGCGACAAGUCGAACAAAGACGUCGCCGAUUUUCUGGUUAACCAGAAAGUCUUAGAAGAUGAUGGACAAAAGUGCACACCCUUAAUAGUUGCCGCGCGUUACGGACACAAUAAUGUAGUCAGGACGUUGAUUGACAAAUUCGACACUGAUUUAGAGCUGGAAGGAACAGUUAAAUUCAAUGGAUAUGUUAUUGAAGGAGCAAGUGCACUCUGGACUGCAGCAGGUGCUGGACAUUUGAAUGUUCUUAAAACUCUUGUGAAAGCAGGAGCAAAUGUCAAUCAUCCAACAAAAACUAAUUCCACUCCACUUCGAGCGGCGUGUUAUAAUGGCUGUUUGGAUAUUGUUAAAUACUUAAUCGAACAUGAGGCAGAUCUAAAUAUUUCCAACACGUUCAAUAAUACUUGCCUUAUGAUAGCAUCGUACAAAGGACAUCUUGAAAUUGUUAAUUUUCUAUUAGACAAAGCGGCAGAUCCAAACAAGAAAGCAUAUUGUGGGGCGACGGCGUUGCAUUUUGCGGCCGAAUGUGGACACACUGCCAUCGUGCGCGAGCUGUUGAAGCAUAGAGCGCAAAUGACGAAGAAUGUGAGUGGCAUGACGCCUUUAAUAACAGCUGCAGAGCGGACGCGUGCAGAAGUCGUCGAAUAUUUAGUACAAAAUACGGAAGUGACAAAAGAAGAAAUAAUAGAUGCUUAUGAAUUACUUGGAGCAUCUUAUGCUAAUGAUAAAGAUAAUUAUUGCCUAAAUAAAGCAUAUACGUAUCUGCAUAAAGCGAUGGAAUUAAGGUAUAGCGAUACUGAUAAUAUUAUACAUAAGCAAUUAGGUUCGACUGUGAAAGCAUAUGAGAACUGGAAGGAAUGUGAAACAUUAGAAAAAUUAGAAAGUAUUAAAGACAAUCCUAAUGCUAUACAUAUGGAAUCGCUGGCUAUUCGGGAGAGAAUCUUAGGUCUCCAUAAUCCAGAAUUACCACAUCCUAUAGUAUUCAGAGGUGCUAUAUUUGCGGAUAACGCAAGAUUCGACAGAUGUAUAGAACUGUGGUUACAUGCUUUGAAACUAAGGCAGCUCAAUGAUAUAUCCAUUGUAACAGACCUUCUUCGAUUUGCGCAAGUUUUCUCGCAAAUAAUACACAUGGGCGUUGAUCUAGAUAUUUCUCAAGUAAUAAAUGUACUGGAAGCAAGCGUAACGGAAUUGAACAAAAACAAAGCCAAAAUUCAGAAUCCAGAUUCCAAGGAUGAUAUCGAUCAAUGUGUUGAAGAGAUGGAAUCAAAUAUUACAACAACGCUAUACAUUCUCACGAUUCUGACAAAAAUGAUGACACUGAUGAAUGUGAACGAAUGUAAUGAAUUGGACUUGACACGGAUACAUCAUCUAGUGCAUAAAUUAUGCGCAUUACGAGUGUGCUUGAAAGAUGGACAAACUCUACUACAUCUUGCUGUGAAUGCCGAAACUCCCGUUGACGAUUUUCACACCAAUGAUGUCUGCAAAUUUCCAUGUGCGUCUACAACACAAUUAUUAAUUCGUUGCGGUGCUGACGUAAACGCAAUGGACAAUGAAAAAAAUACGCCACUCCACAUUAUUGUCGGUUAUCCUAAAGCAGUUAGCGAUUUUGCAACCUUGCAUACAAUUAUAGUUGCUCUUAUAGAGGCUGGAGCACAUAUGGAUACUGUAAAUAUUAAGGGGCAAACACCAUACGAUGCCGUUGUCACGGGUGUAGCUAAAAUAAUAUUACGUACUCAGACCAAAUUAUCUUUAACGUGUAUGGCAGCCAAAGCAAUUAAAACUUAUGAUCUGCCCUAUCAUGGUAAUGUUCCACGGUCACUCGAAAGUUUCAUAGAACUUCACGGAUCUAAUCACAGCUGACAAGAAGUUAAUCGGGAGAAUUUGGUUGGAGAGUCAUGUCCAUUAUUCGAGCUACUUUUUGAAUCUGACUAGCGUUGGUGCAAUUAGGCAAAUUCACUUAAGAUGAUAACAUUUAAUUGUGUCGGAUGAUGUUUGCGAGAUUGCUGCAAUUCCUAUACUCAAGAGACUCGAUUAACGAAUAGCACUGUACAAAGUACGUAAUACUUAAUAUUUUUGUAUAAAAUUAUAGGCUAUUUUGAAAAUCUAAAAUUCUGUAUUUUAUUUAUAUGAUGCUAAUUUGUAAUAUAAACAUAUGAACGUAAUUUGAUAUAUCCUGUAUAAAAUCAGAAUUCCAAAUAUUUCGUAAAGGACAUAAAUGUAUAAUAUAAUUUAUGUAAAAUUGUAUAGAAAUUAUUACGCGUUGCUUUUUGCGAUGUAUAACGGAGGUGUGCGAAUCAUGGUUUGCACAAUCUAAUCGAAUCAAAUCUUUGAAAAUAUAUUUGAAUUCGAAUUGAAUCGAUUUUCAUUAAACUAAAGAGAAUUAUCUUUUUAUAUAAAACGUUAUAUUUUCUAGAUGGUAAAUAGUAUUGCCGUAUAGUCGCUGCGCGUAAUAAAGUAUUAUAAUUAGCGACUAUUGUGCAUUCAACUUUUGCUGUCUUUUUAAUCGAUUUUAACUGUAAUUACUGUGAUAAAUAAAAUCAAAUUAAAUAAACUUUAAA